AUGGUUCAUUUAGAACCCGUUGCCAUUGUUACUGGUGCCACCAGGGGUAUUGGUAAGGCAAUUGUGCAAAAACUUUCAAGUCAAGGUAUUUCCUGUAUAUGUAUUGGGUCGUCAAGGGAAUCCAUUGCAGGGAUUAAAUUGGGGGACCAUCUUCAAAGCGUAAAAGAAAACCAAAGGCAUAGAUCCCUAGCGAUAGAUUUAUCACAGUGGCCACAAUGGGUCGCACAGAAGAGUCAUUUUGGGAUUGAAUAUUAUCCACAAAGGUUAGAAUCUAUGUUCCCAUUGAUGGGUUUCAAUUCGUGGAACUCACCUCAUCAACGCUAUUGUCUAAGUCUAGUGGUAAAUUGUGCUGGUACUACUCAAAGCUCAAUAAGUCUAAGAACUUCAACUGAGGAGAUGCAACGGAUAAUGAAUAUUAAUUUUUUGAGUACAGUCUCCAUGUGUGAUUUGGCAACAAGAUCUAUGAUUCGUCAACGUAGUCAUUCGGGCGCUCUACCUUUACAGAUAGUAAACAUCUCAUCAGUUCUUGGUGAAACAGAGCUAGCAGUAAAAGGUACGUCCAUCUACAGUGCAUCAAAGGCAGCAAUUUCUCAUUACUCAAAAGUGCUGUCACAAGAAGUCUCUAAUUGGGGAAUCCGUGUGAAUACUAUUGCGCCGGGAUUAGUCAACGGUACUGACAUGAUCAAGGGACUAGAUGAUACAGCUCAAACGGCACUGAUGAAUCUGAUGGCAACUAGUAACCGCAGAUCAACGCCUCAAGAGAUUGCAUCGAGCGUCUGGUCCAUUUACAGUGAUGGUAAUUAUAAAUGA